ACCGCGCCGGGCGGCGGAUGAGGCGCGGCGGCUGCGGCCCAGGGCACCUCCCCCCCGGCUUCCCGAACCCUGCCCGGUCCGACCCGAGGGGGAGGAUGGAAACACCUGCGGCGCUCUGAGCCCCCGCGGAAGACACCCCGCUCCCCGCCGUUACCACCCCGCGGACCUGAAGAAGCCACCGCCUCGUCCCCUCCGCGUCUCCAUCUCCAGAGCGGGGCCGAGCGGAAAAGCGAGCGAUGGCGGAGAACCUGAGGAGGCUGGUCUCGAACGAAUCUUUACGACUGUUGCAGGGAAAGCUGGAGACCUGGGCGAAAGAGUAUAACAACAACUCAUGUGAUCAGAAUCUAAAUUUCUGCCUUGAACUCAUUGAACAAGUGGCCAAAGUACAGGGACAACUCUUUGGGAUCCUCACAACAGCAGCCCAGGAAGGAGGACGCAAUGAUGGUGUGGAAACAAUCAAGUCACGCCUUCUGCCUUGGCUGGAGGCUUCCUUUACUGCUGCUUCCCUGGGAAAGCCUGUUGACAGCAGGGUGCCCUCUCUACAGGACACAUUUGAUAGGGAGAGACAUAAGGAGUCUGAUCCUCGGGAUCGAGAUGUACAACUGGACUAUGAAUUGAACACAACUCGUUUUCAACUCAACCAGGUUCAAGACGAGAAAUCUGAGAAAAGAAGUCAAAAGCAGCUCUACAGUGCAGUGAAUGAGAAUAGUCGUGCCGAAACUGGAAAGACUCUUGAAGAAGCCAAGAACAGAUCGGUCAUAUCCCUUUUGGCUGCAGAGGAGGAAAUAAAUCAGCUAAAAAAGCAGCUUAAAUCUCUUCAAGCCCAGGAGGAGGCCCGCCACAGGAGCUCAGAGCCUAGGCGCUCAGAUCAGCGAGGCUCUGACCCGCGGAAAUCGGACCAGGGGUGUGAGGUCAAGCGGAGCCCAGACCAGCGGGACCAGCGGGGCUCGGACGUGAUUUCUGACUACGAGAAACAGCUCCGAAACCUGAAGGACGAGAUAGCCGUGCUGUCCGCUGAAAAAGCGAGUCUCCAAGGAAGGUCAGCCAGGAGCCGGUCUCCUAGCCCAGGCCCUCACUGCCGCAGCCACAGCCACAGCCGCAGCCGCAGCCGAAGCCGCAGCCGGUCCGCAAGCCCCUCCGCUGCAGUGGCCAAGAUCAGGAGCCCAUCCCCCAACCGCUCCAAACUGUCCAGCGUGGCGCGCAAGGCUGCCCUCCUGUCGCGGUUCAGCGACGCCUAUUCCCAGGCCCGCCUGGACGCGCAGUGCUUGCUGCGGCGCUGCAUCGACAAAGCCGAGACGGUGCAGCGAAUCAUCUACAUCGCCACAGUGGAGGCAUUCCAUGUAGCGAAAAUGGCCUUCAGACAUUUCAAGAUCCGUGUGAGGAAGUCACUGACACCGUCCUACGUGGGGUCCAAUGACUUUGAGAAUGCUGUCUCGGACUACAUCGUUUGUCAUCUGGAUCUCUAUGACUCCCAAAGCAGUGUUAAUGAUGUGAUCCGAGCCAUGAAUGUCAACCCCAAGAUAUCAUUCCCUCCUGAGGUUGACUUUUGCCUGCUCAGCGACUUCAUCCAGGAGAUAUGUUGCAUCGCUUUUGCCAUGCAGUCGUUAGAGCCACCUCUAGAUAUUGCAUUUGGGGCAGAUGGAGAGAUUUUUAAUGAUUGCAAGUACCGCCGCAGCUAUGACUCGGAUUUCACAGCUCCCUUGGUCUUGUAUCACGUGUGGCCUGCUCUCAUGGAGAAUGACUGUGUCAUCAUGAAGGGAGAAGCUGUCACCAGGAGAGGGGCUUUUUGGAAUUCAGUUCGAUCUGUAAGUCGAUGUCGAAGCAGGAGUUUGAGUCCAGUCUGCCCACGUAGCCGUAUUGGUCUAAGCACGCUAUCUCGAAGUCGGAGCCCUUCUCCAAUAAGAUGUUCAUUGCCAAGGUUUUGAAGCCACCAGAGGUGCUCCUUUGUCACAGCCCACCGUCACAGCUUCUCCAGUGUCUCCAUCCAUCUGCCUUGUCUGCCUCCGACCUCACUUAUCUUAAUGUGAAAAGGCAAUUCUGUGUAUCACUCCACACAGAGAGUUAAAUGUUUUGGCUUAGCGUGUUGUAACUUUAGAUACAUUGCAUUUUAUUUGAUUUUAUAGAUACAAAUUUCAUUAAUUUCAUAAAAACGAUUGCAUAGGUGUUUAGGAGCAUAUUCAUUUGAAGCAAAGUCCACUCUGAAGGUUCAAGAUGUCCAUCCUGAAACACCAGGUUCUUUCAGAGCAACUCUGAACAAGUGUAGAAGGUCUCUGAGCCCAGAAGAAAGGACAGGUUGUUUGAGUUGACAGGUUGAUCAUAAGUACUAUGAUUUUGGGGAUCAGCUUUUAACAGGAGACCAAUACUGGCUAUUUUGACUUCCUUUUAAGCUUUGGAUGACAGCCCUACUCUCAGGCUGGGGAAUCCCAUGGGCAGCAGUGAUUUACGGCUAAAGGCAGAAGAGAAUGUAACUAGUUAGCUUGCCUCUCUGUUCUUAGACAGGGCCCAGGUUGAGUCCUUAAUGUUGAAGCUCCUUGAGGGGAUUUUCUUGCUUUGUAAUUGUGCAGCAGCAAUUGGAUUAGAAGCAAGAUUUUAGCUAAAUGUUAUUCUUGUUUAUUUUCUGGAACUCUUUCAUACUGUUGUAAUGCAAUUACCUGGGACAUGCCCUUUACCUAUUCUACCUACUUGUUUGCAAAUCAGAUCUCCUAGCAACUGAAAUCCCUAACUCAAGACUGCAAAUGAGGGGCUCCAUUAUUGACUUGAAAUUGAGACCACAUUCCUUGGUUUGUUCCCUGUCAAAUGCACUUGAAAGUUCACAUCCAAGAUAAGCAUAUGAAGUGUUGCUUUCCUGCAACAUUAGUACUCUUCUUGCUUUGCCUGUCACUUUUUUUUAAAGGGAUUUUUUUGAGGAUUUAUUUUUAUUUAUUUGAAAGGCAGAGUCAUAGAGAGAGACAGAGGUAUCUUCCAUCUGCUGGUUCACUCCCCAAAUGGCUGCAGUGGCCAGAGCUGUGCCAGGCCAAAGCCAGGAGCCCAGAGCUGCUGCUUCUGGGUCCCCCACGUGGGUACAGAGGCCCAAGCACUUGGGCCAUUGUCUGCUGCUUUCCCAGGCCAUUAGUAGUGGAGCAGCCAGGUCUGGGACUUGAGCCCAUCUGUGCCCAAAUGGGAUGUCAGUAUUGUAGACGGUGGCUUAACCUCCUGUGCCACAAUGCUGAUCCUGUUUGUCACUUUCAAGCCAGUCUUAAACAAGCCUCACAAGUGACUGCUUUCUCCAUAGGCCUUUCAGAAACUCCGAAUUGGCCACAGCUCACUUUGCAUAAGUACAUUGCCAAAAUCAGCACCUGAUGCUUUUCAGGUGAAAAAUUUUUGUCAAGAUUUUGCCGCUGAGCUGAGGGAUGGUGGGGACCUCCCCAGUUCUUGCCCCUUGAAUCUAAUGGUCACCAGCUCAUUCUAAGGGGUGUGAGUUUAAUCUUUCUCCUUCUGGGUGCGUUUAUGUUGUCAUCUAUUGAGACUGGACAAAGUGUUGGAAGGAAGGCUUGAUGCCUCAGUCGCUCCUAGUCCCAAUUUGGCCUUUAGUUUGCUUUGUAGCUUUGAUUAAGUUACUUCACUUCUCUUGAGCCCCAGUUUCAUUGUGGAGUGAGAAGGUUGGAUGAAAUCAGUUGUUCUCUUAACCCUACCAGGCUCAAUGCCUCCAAUAUUAAAAUAUUCUGAAUUUCCUGAAAUGGAAAUCAAAAUUAAUAUAAUCUGUGAGCACAUCUACAUAUAAUUUUCAACGGUGAAUACAGUACCAUAAUUAUAACACUGAAGCAGAAAAGAAGGAAAGCAAUUUUUAGGAAAAUGUAUUUCAAAGCCUUGAAAAUAACCAUGCUAGAAGAUAAGAUCAAGUUGUUAGAUUCCUAAACCUGUGUCAAAUCACCAGCCUCAAAGGCAGAUCAGUGAGCGUUGUGUUGGCAACAGAAGACCACAGUAUUAACACUGGAUGUGCCUUUCCGAAAUGGCAGCCAAUUCUUGGUAGUAUUUCAGACAAAAACAAUCUCACAGGCUUGCCUUGAUUUACACGGCAGUUGCAUCCUGGAAAAUUCAGCAUGUAUUAAAACCUCGUAACCAUAUUUUUCUGUGUUAUAUGUUAAAAGAGCUUAUCUAAAAUCUGACUCAGCAAUGCAAGUGCCUACAUAUCAGAUUUUUUUUCCCCCAGAGCCAAAUGUACACCCUAAUUUGGGAAGAGGUCACACAUAGCUCAGUUUAUUUGCUCUGUAUCCUGCCUGGCCACUUGCCAUUUCUCAAGUUUCUAAGUUGAACUUGGACUAUCCAGGGAAAGCUGAAUUGUGUGGAGUAAGUUUUGGAAACAGCCCGUAAGACCAAAAGAGGCUGACUUGUGCCUUAAUCAUUUGAAAAAUGAAAAGCUUUUGUAAACUGGGUAAUUGUUGGUCUGUAUAUUAUUGGCCUAACAUCUAACAAUAAAGUCAAGAAAG